AUGGCCAUCGACUGGUCGGUGGAGGAGAGGGAGGUGAAAGUGGACGAGGAGGAGGAGCCCAUCGACGGCGGGGAGGAGGGCGACGAGGAGAUGGCCGAGAAGAAGAAAGAAGAUAAUCAUAAUCAUCAUCAUAAUCAUCUGGUGCUGCAACAUGUAAGUGACCGGAGCCUCCCGAAAUGUCCCUCGGUCUAUACAUGGGUCUAUCGGCGCCAUGUGUGUCUGUGUCUGACUCGUUGCAGUAUCAUUAUCAUCAUCAUUUUUCUGAUCAUGGUGGCCUACAUGCGCCUGGAGGCGGGGGAGGACUGCACACACGAACUAGAGACACUAAAGCGACUACGUGUAAGUCUCACUCGCGGAAGCCAUGUCGAUGUUUCUUUCUCUCUCUCUCUCUCCCUCUGUGUGUGUGUGUUAUUGGUCGCAGUUGGGCCACGACGCCCGUCCCCACAGACGCCAUCAUUGUGAGGACGGGCGUGCCCUUCAUUUCUCGGCCCGCCACCACUACAGCAAAACAGACGUGGUAAGUUGUGAAUGAGCAGAUAGCAAUGCAUCCAUCCAUCCAUCCAAUGUGCACAGCUAGAUGAGCGCAUGCAGCCAUCGACGCCUAAUGGAUGUUUUUGUUGUGUCUCUUGGUUGCUGCAGUCGUUCAGCUGGACUACUACCUACCGUAUGUGAUAGAUUAUCCACACACGCGGCGACUGCACAAUUGCAGUAUGAUCCAUACCUGUGUGAAACAUGAUGGGUGUGUCUGGUGUGGCUCUUCCUUCCUGUCUGUCUGUCUGUCUGUCUGUCUGCAGGUGGAUCUUCAUCCAUGAGCUGCGGGUGGGGCUGUAUGUGUGGUUUAGAUGCGUAGCCGUGCCGAUCGCCCGCCAGAUCCGCGCGUGGCCGGAGGCAUAAUUCUGUCUGUCUCUCUGUCCGUCUGUCUGUCUGUUUCUUCUUUGAUGCUUGCAUCUUUCUUCAGGCACACGUUCUCUCAUCCGAUCCAUGGACGAG